AUGUCAACACCAACUAGAAGAACUAAGCGAAAUUUCAACGUUUAUGCGCCUUAUAAAUCUCCAUUGAAAGUUAUCAAUGAAAAUCGCGUUCUCGAUGAUAUUUCUAAUGGUCAAAGUAAUAAAGUCAAUUCAAAUGUAGAUGAUAUUAACAGUCAGUUAACAAUGAAAAAUGCAGAUAGGCAAAUAAACCGACAGAAUCGUGAACAACUCGAUGAGGAAAAUAUCCCUGUUGACAGUGUUUGUGAUAUUAAUGUUGACAGUGAUGCUGAUAUAGAAAUAGAGAAUUGUAUUAACAAACUAUUAUCAAAGCGACCAAAUCAAAAAUUUAUUGACUUGGAAAUUGAAUUAUUUCAGUGGCACAAUCGUUUGCAUGCAUAUAAUGAGGCCAAAGAUGCUUGUAUUAUACUGUUCGGUUUAUUAGCCAAUCAUAAAGGUUGUCUUGUUCGAGAAUUGUAUCCUGAGUUCGGUAUGAAUUUGGAUGACUAA